CGCGGUAGAUAUGGACAUCUUUUGCACGAGUUAUCGUCGCUUCGUUAGGUAAUUACGGGAAGAAAAUGACUUUCCCACCCAUUGAAUAAAAGUCCUCGUCAAAUAUUGUGUUAUACCGGUGAAUGACAAGAAAACAACAGUUUAAGCUAGCCUUUUUUAUUCUUUGCUGAAGUGGUUCAUACUCAAUUUUUGCUCAUGAUUUAUGUGUAUCCGUGUGCCUGCGUGGAGUUUAAGUCACAUCACUCCUGACAUUUAUCAAAGGGACAAGUCGGCGUUUGCUCAUCAAGAUGAGGCUAUUGGCUGUUUUUUUACUACUGAAAUUAUCUGCAGCUGCCGACGGAUUCUCGCUUCCUUCAGUUUUUAAACAGCCGGAGCCACCAUGCUCACUGAGAAGAUGUAUUCAGUCAGCGGCGUUCAUACUCCAAUCGAUGAAUCAAUCGGUGAAUCCGUGCGAAGAUUUUUUCUCAUACACGUGCGGCAACUACAACAAGGAAAACCCGAUUCCUGAUUCUCAGAUUAUGAAUGAUUUAAAUCGCAGGAAGGAACGGGAGUACGAAUUGAAAGCGAAAGCCAUGCUCCAAGAGGGCGAGUUAGAUGAGGACCCUGAAUCCGUCAAAAAGGCUAAAAUGCUCUUCCACGCUUGUACAAAUACAGCCGCAAUCGAAGAAGAAGGACUUGACCCAAUAGCCAACGCCCUGGAAGUGGCUGGAUUGGAUCUAAUUCCUUACACCCCACAGGACUUCUUCGACUGGUUGGGGGCGAAUGUGAAUGUCCAGAAGAGACUGGGUAAGGAGAUCCUCCUUCAGUUCACCCUCGUUGCCGACCCCCAAAACAAAACCUUGAAACAUCUGGGGUUGGGCAUUCCCGGUGAUUGGACAUUCGUGACGCAGCCCCACCAUCGGCACGAAAGAACUUCGAACUUGGGGAGGCGGUCGCGGUCGGUGGCGAGAGAAUCGAGGACGGAUGCACCCGAUGUCGACGUGAAGGAGUUCCUGGAGCAGGAGACCUACCAUGACGAGAUCGACUUCGCCAAAAACGUCCUCGCCCAUUUCAUCCGCUCCGCCUCGGAGAAGGAGAUCAGCAAAUCCCAGAUGAAGAAGAUGAAGAAGGCUGUCGCCGAUGCGGUCGUCGUUGAUCACGCUGUUUCGCGAUUGCAAACGAAAUAUGAUUUGCCAGACGAUGAGCCAACAAAGCACACUCUGAAAGAGUUGCAGACGAUUCUCGAUACUGCGGACAGAACAAGAUCGAAAAGCCCGAUCAAUUUGACUCGAUACUUUACGGAAAUGUUCAAAGACGUCGAGAACCUUACAUUGCAUCUCACAGAUGAUACUCCAAUCAUGGUUACCAGUCUUGAUUAUUUGCUGCAAGUAUCCAACUUGACGAAAACAGUUAGCCCUAGAAGGCUAGCUAUGAUGUUCUGGUGGAGAAUUGUAAAAAGUUUGGCUCCGCUUUCAACUAGAGCAAUGCGAGAUAUGGCUCACGACUUUCAAGACGCGCUGUAUGGUUUUGAAUAUGACGUAAAAUCCAGAGCCCUUCUGUGCACUCAGACUGUCCUCGCAGCCUUCUCGUUUCCGGUAGCUCAUAAAAUCAUGGAUCGAAGUUACUUGGAGAGGAUCAAACCCGGGGUAACGGAAAUGUUCGAGAAUCUACGGCGUGCCUUCAAGCAGAACAUCGCGUCGUACAAGUGGCUUCAUGACGCUGAUAAGCAGGCCAUGACAGAGAAACUCGACGCCGUCAAGUUUAAUGUCGGACUUCCUGAUUUGACUUUUGACCGUGAAGUUCUUGAUGAGUAUUAUAGUGACAUUUACGUUUGUGAAGAGCACUAUGCACAAGUUUUGGUCAACUACUCGAGUUAUAUUGUCAUGACGACACUAGCUUCAUUCAACCAGACGUUUGACUCCGAAGAAGAAGCUGACACCGAAUGGGGCUCCUUAAAUUUAUUUACAUCAAACGCAUUCUAUUUUCCUGAGAAAAAUUCAAUGGUCAUUCUAAUGCCACAACUGGAACAUCCUUUCUACGAUCUUGGUUUAGAAGCUCUGAACUACGGUGCUCUCGGCUCUCUAAUUGGACAUGAGCUGAGCCAUGCUUUCGAUAACAGUGGGCGAACAUACGAUAAAAUCGGCAACAAAGUAGUCAAGUGGAUGAACUCCUCUGUGGUUAACUAUGUCAACAAAACGGAAUGUUUUGUUGAUCAGUACAGUGCGGUUUAUAUACCCGAAGUUGAUCGCCACGUGGAUGGACGGAAGACCUUAAAUGAAAAUAUCGCCGAUAAUUCUGGGCUGAGAUUGGCUCUAACAGCGUAUCGUAUGUGGGUCCAGGAUCAUGGGAAAGAAAAAUUGCUCCCGGGUUUGGAAGGACUUAGCCAUGAGCAACUCUUUUACUUGAGUUUUGCCGGGGCUGAUUGUCACAGCAUAUCGGACCAGGGCUUAUUGAACCUGUUGCAAGACGAACACAGCCCGACUAAAGUGCGGGUCAACAUCACUUUGACGAAUAUUCCCGAUUUUUUCACGGCUUGGAAGUGUGAAGGCCCCAACACGAACCACCGCAAAUGCAGACUUCUCUAAUCAAAGUUUUUUUGGAUUCUUCUCAAUCGAGCCGUCCAUCAAUUGGGAGAUUUUAACCGGAAUCAACCUCACUGGAAUUCAUGUUGUUUAAAUUCCUAUAAAGUUUUAUUUCUUUCGACGGACGUUAAAACAAUACAACAUUCUGAAACUCUUGUAAAAUUCCCUUAACUUGUACAGAGAAUACUCAUAAAAUAUCAAGAUGUACCUUGAUUUCCUUGUGAAGAAAUAUAAUGAAAUAAAAAUGAGUGGUCAUCCCAAGUA